GGCUCAAAUGAAAGGUGAGGAAUCGCAGCCACCAGCCAAUUAAUGGCAGGCACAACGCCUGCUUGUUGACCCGGCUGCCCACAGCACGGCGGUGCAUGAGCUGACAGAGGCUAGGAGAGAGCUGCUGCCACCGCCUGUCAAAAUCCACACGCAUGUCGUUCGUCUGGAAUCAAGUUGAAGUACAUGUAGCUGUAGGCUACAUAGGCCUAUACGCAGUUGAGAAGUAGGACUCAAUAACUUCAGUUCCGAAAUCAUGGAUUUUUAUCUCCUGGUGGUGUCACACUUGUAUAUAGGUUAAACCUCUAGGUUCUCUCCAGUUCACUGUGCAUGAUAGACACCGCAAUGUGAAGCUUAUGCCACCCGUUCAGGAGAACUAAGGACAGAGGCCUUUUGAGAUUUUGAAGCAAGAACAUGGCGGACAAGUCAUGGGGGAAAACGAACGCUUCGUCGGCAUCGCAGGGAAAUAAACCCGUUCCCAUGAAGUUGUUCUCAACAUGGGAGGUUGAGAGAACGGCUCCCAAUUGUAUCCCUAGGUUAUGUACUCUACGGUUAACACACCUGGUGGUGCUGAAGACGCUAGAAACUGACUUGGGUUCUGUCAUUAUUGCCGUGCGCAUGCAGAGUUCAAAGCGAACACUCCGCUCAAAUGAAAUCUUCUUCAGUCAAGGCAGCUUGCUGGACACAGACCUGGACCUAUCGUUUUCAUUACAAUACCCACACUUUCUCAAGAGAGAUGGCAACAAAUUACGCAUCAUGCUGCAACGCCGGAAACGCUACAAGAACCGGACGAUAUUGGGCUACAAGACGCUGGCCGUUGGGCUCAUAAACAUGUCCGAGGUGCUCCAACAAUCCAAAGAUAAUGAGCUUAGUUUGUACGGGAAGGAACAUGGAAUGGAAAGGGUUGCCCACGUGACCGUCAUUGGUCUGUCCAGCCAACCAGUGGACCAGUUCAAGAGAGGCAUCGAUCGAUCCCCGGAUAUUGACAAUGAAACUGAAGAUGAGGAAGAAUCCUACUCAUCAGACCAGGAGAACAGCGACAGUGGAGAGAAUCUCCCAGAAGGCCAGGAUCUCUUGGGUGAGGAAGAGCAAGAGCCUGGACGGAAGGGGCUUCGUACCAAAAUGCGACCUCCCAUGAACAGGCAAAGGAAUUUCAAGCAGAAGUUCAUCGCCCUGCUCAAGAAGUUCAAAGUUCAGAGCGACGACAGCGACACGGAGCAGUACCCUUACGAGGACCAGGACCGGAACCAGAUUGACCCGGACUUCCUGCUGUACAACGACUUGGACGACCUGAACUUGAGCGACAGCGGGCCGGACGUGGACCAAGACGACGAGAUGAGCAUCGGCUCCACGCCCAAGCCUGUCUUGAGGCCGUUCUUUUCCCAGGGCAUUCCUACCUCCAGCUCCAUGGCAGAGGAAAUGGAGCAGUUCCCACUGAUCGACCAAUGCUACGAGGACAACGGCAACAGCAAAGACUCUGGCAGUUCAGGGGAGUUUCCUGGAGAUGACGAAACAACCCCAAUGUCAGAAAUGCUGCCCUCUCUCGUCAACCGGAGCGAAAGCACCCUCUCCCACCAGAGCGACCCAGGGGACAUGCCCAUCAUGAUGAAGACGACACCCUCGCCCGGCAGCGAGAAGGCCAUGCUGCCCUCUGCCACCAACGGCGCUGGCCAGAAGGAGAAGCGUCUUCACAGCCACUCGGUGCCCAAGACACUGAGCAAGGAAGGAUCGCAGGGAUCGCAGGGUUCACCGACUGAAGGGCCGAGGCAGCACUCCAAGUCAGUGGAGAAGGCCAGCAGCUUUGGCAAGGCUGAUCAUAAGCACCCUGGUGUCACUCCAUUGGCUGAACAGCUCACCAGUCUCUGGCAAGGCUUGACUGACAGCCAGAUCCCCGACAGGGUGAUACUCGUCAGUGUGCUUGAGAAGCACGGCAGGGUACUGGCUAAGACCUUAACUAAUGCUGGCGAGAAAGUGGUGUGUACAUGUAACCAUAGUGAUGUGGAAGCAACUCUACAGUUUAUUGUUAACAAGCUCCAAAAGUAUUGUAACCAGAACCCUAAAAUUCCUGAGCCGCUGAAGGUAGCCCUGUGCGGUAACGAGAGCUAUGUUGGGGCUGUACUCAGACCUUAUGUGGAGCUCUUCUCGGCCAAGACAGCAGAUUGGCAGAACUAUGUCAGCUUUUACGUUGUGCCCUUAGGUACUGGUAGCUGUUCUCUUGCCAAGUAUCUGGGCUCAUUAGACUCCAGGUACUCUUCACUGUUUCUUGACUCUAACUGGAAGGAAUUUUUUGAUCGGGAUUACCCAGAUAACCAACCACACAUGAAACCUCGCAGGACAAGAAAUGCGGCCUAUGCCAAGGAGAUGGUGAACCGGGUCAGCCAGUAUUUAGCCGGCAGCCAGCACCGUCUGCAGCUGCCUGUGGGGGAGGUCAUGGUGACGUGUAAGCUGCGCAGCACGGACGAGGAAUCCAUCCAGAAAUUCAUCCCGUUCAUCAACAAUGUCAGGAUUGGGCCAGCUGAUGGAGUAAGCUUCUCAUUGUCAGAAGGGGAGGACACCAGCCCUGGCACCAGUGGAGGGCUUCUCUCCUCCAGCCCGCCAGGAGGAGCCAGCAACCGGGACAGAGACGUGGCCGGCUCCAGCACCCCACCGUCGAGCCCGGUUGUCGUCAAUAACAGAGAGGAGACAGUAACCGAUUCAAGUGCCAGCCCAGUAUCCGGCGAGCUGAUGGACCUGCAGGUGGAGUACUGGCCCAUGCUGGGCGGCAAGAAGGACAAGUCGUCACUGAAGACCGCUUUCCGGUCGCUGACGGUGCAGCGACUGCCCAGCCACGCUGACCCCUCCACCACGGGGCUUUCCAUGGUCAUUGUCACCAAGGAAAAGAAUAAGAAGAUCAUGAGAAUCGGCAAGAAGCCCAGGGAGAUAGAGACCGCCCUCAAGAGUCAGGAGAUUGAUGGAAUCCACCGACUGGUCUGCACCUCAAGAAGUCAAGAUUACUCGUUGAAAGUGAGUAUUGACGGAAUUGAACUCACCAGGGUCAAGUUCUUCCAGCUCUCGGCCCAGUGGCAAACCCGCAUCAAGCAUUUCCCGGUGGCGCUCUUUGCUCAGGACUUACCAGCUUGCUGAUGAACAAGACACUUGCGGCGUUGCAGUCGGAGAAAUGACUAUGUCGUGGCGUCAGGUUUUUGUUCUGGAUUGGCAGACGACCCAGGAUGCUGGACUAUCACUGCCAGUUUUGAGAUAAGGAAAUCGUUCUGAUGACCGUUGCUGUAUAUUAGUCUCCUACUGCUGUGCAGGAAGUCGAGCGUUCACUACUUGCCUCCACCCGAUGACUGAUUGGGUUGAGUUGGCAUGCCUGAUGGAAGUGUACAGUGACUGCAAUCUGCAGAUUUGGCAGGCAAUAUGGGCGUUUAGCCCUGGUGUCUGCGUCUUGGAGCGAUGGUGUGCUGUACAGAUAUGCCAAUGCUUGUUCUGAUUGUAAUGUAACUGCUGCUAGAACACACACCUGCCACUGCAGAUCAACAGACUAGAAGUUAGAAUGAAACAAAGCAGGGUUUUCUAUAUAAGUAUUGAUGUCACUGUCAAACAAUCUGUCUUCAAACUGCAUUUUUGAUCAUUAUGUUGGGUUCUGAUCUGCCCAAGGGAAAGACGGCAUGUUGUUGUUUUGGCACAAAGCCGAAAAAAAGACAACUUAUGAAUUACAUGUACCGGAUCUACCCAGCUAGAAUUUGUAAAUUCCGAUGGAGGCUUUUAGUGCCUCGCCACUGUCCAGCUCCCUUUUGAUCCUACAAUUGCUGGAGGCCACAGCUUACAGACUCAUUAGUUUGACCCGAGAGGAAAGUCUUCUACUUUGCAACAUAGGCGGGCGGUGGGGCUUCCUACACGAUCCAAAGCACAGAUGCCAGUGGUGGUACCUUUCCACCCCACCCCUUUGCAGGUUUCUUAUUCCCAAGAUAUCAGCCUUCCCUGCGAGGGGGGUCAAGCAGUGGCCCCGAAAAUCAAUUUUGACUAACAAGAGGCAAAUUAAGCUGUGAACAAAUGUCGGCGUUUCUCCGCAGGGAGAUAUUUUUCUUGUAUUUCUCAAUGUGUGCGGUACUUGUUCUGCUCCCGUUUUAACAGUAAUUUGGGCGGUUGCAAUGAAAUUAAGGUGUAAAAGUGUUGCAGGAAAAAAAAAUUUAAUGCAUGGAAAGCUAACCUGUGUUCAGGCCUUCGGAGUGGUGCAGCGUCUGGCGUUGUGUGUUGACACUGAAAAGUCAUUUUGUGCUCGUUGAAAGUUUGUUGUUGUUGAAAUGUCCUGGAUAUGGGUGACGUUACUGCCAAAGAUUAGUGGUUCACUGAGAGGAUUGGUUGAAUGAAUGAUGUUCACUAAUCCAGUGUUAAGGGUUGUGCAAUCACGUUUAUUGUUAAUUGUACACAAAUUAUAGUCUUCACUGAAUAUUAGUCAAACUAAAUGUACAUUUUGAAAGAUGUAACAAGGUUUAAUGAGGCUUACACUAUAGCUUGUGUGAACCUUAUAUUUUGUGCUCACUUCAACAAAAAAGACGUUCGUCUUUUGUUCUGCUAAAUAAGAUCAGAAAAGUUACCCAUUCCAAAGAGAGUGAUACAUGUACCGGAUGGGUGUAAAUACAUUUUUACACCCAUGUAUAGAACUGACUGUUUAUGGUAUAUCCAACUGCCAAGAGUGCUGAAACUUGAUGUUCACGUCUUGUUUGCAGUUCCUGCGAAUCCACUUCAGUUUAAAAGAUAAUUUCAGCAGUUUUCUAGCUUGAUUUGUCAGUGAGAGCAAUGGAGUUCAUUUUCUCAUGGCCAGAGGGGCCAGAGGGGUUGGAGUGGCUCUACAUGGAUGCCAGAAAAUUGCAUCAUUUCCAACUACCCUGCUCCUCUUCCAUGCUCCUCUCCGUUUUGAAGACCUGUCAAGUGUAAAGGCUAGUUUGUUGUAGUGUGGGAAGGCUCAGUCGAGUCCCUUUUUAAUGCAGACACUAUCAAAGGGCAGGCAUUCUGCACACCAGUUUCGCCUUCCUCGUUUUGUGCAUAGUUCCAUAUUCCCUGAGGUGCCCCCAGCUGAACUGCAAGAGAGCUGCAGAGCGCCCCAAGAUGUCCCCUCAAAAACCAUACAAUCCUGGGGGGGACUGAAUUGUUGGGGACACACUAGAGUCACUGCAGUGUGGUCCAAAAUGCCUUUUCAAAAGAAAGUGUCCCCCUGAACUUGGUUUCAGCCUGCCAAAAAAGCCCACCAAAGCAUUGAUACCUAGCUACUACCGAUAACCUGCACUUUCAGCUGUCCUAAGAGGGACGAAAUUUGACAGAAUUCUUAAAUCCAAUUGAAGUAUCUAAAAACCAAGAUUUUAUGCAUGUUGUUUAAGGGUAUACUGUGAGCAUAAAACACAGCACACUGAGUAAAGCACAUAGUUACAAAGGUGGUAAUCGUUAAUGGAUUUAUCUUAAUGAAGUUUUGUUGUUGCUUAACUGCAAACGUUCCAAACUUUUAUUUGGAAAAAGUCUCUAGCCUGCAUUUUCCUCUGAACAUUAAACCGUGCUCUCCACCCAUCGAGUGUAUCCAGCUGCAUCAUUGUAAAUCUUCAGUGAGUGGCAUCUCAUCUUGUUGAGAGUGUUUUGCCAGUACAUAAGGUUUUGGCAUCUUGACGUACUACAGUUGUGUGUGGUUAGCUGACAGUGCCCUGGUCUCUGUGAAGAGAAAUACGAUGGUGCUGCAACAUAACCCAACGAUGGCUCUCAGCUUUCCUAGUGUGGAAGAUGAAUGGGCCAAGAGGACAUUUUAAAAAAGAUAUAUAAUAGACCGAUUGCGCCCGCUAAGUUAUGUAACCUAUAGUGGAUAUCAAACGUCAGCAAAUGUAGUGUCCCCCUCCAACAACAAAGUGUGUUGUAAGGGUUAUUUUUAAUAUCAGAAAUAAAGCCGACAAUCAGUAAAAUACUCAGACUUCUGAUGUGCUGGACACUGUACUGAAAAUCUGCAUUUUUGGGGGGUAAACAACACUUCUGACAUUUGCUAUGGAAAGAAGCCAUUUUUGUUGAUGUUUGAUACCCACUGUAGGUCACAUGACUUAGCUGGCGCAAUUGAUCUAUUUAGGAAAACUAUUCAAGACUUUUUUAUCCUGUUGAAAAGCACCCCAAAGAGUAACUUCUUUUCCCACAAGCAGUAGUUUCUAAAAGAAAGACUUUGGCCAAGACAUCUCACAGGAUUUGAAACAUGUUAUGUCACAUUUAGGUUUGCCCUGGCAUGCAUCCUCUUCGCUGCAGGGUACAAAAAUGAAGUAAAGUGGCCAUUUUCUCUGGGUAGUUGCCCUCUAAAAAAAACUGAGUGAUAACUCGGUCAGGUUUAGUUGCAGAGAUCUCAAAUAUGAGAUAAAGCAUAAUAAGACAGCUGCUUUGACAGUAGUGCAGAUAAAAAGAUUAAAGUGCCAAUUUCUAGUCAUAUUUCUGGUGGGAUUUCCUAACACAAGCUUCCAGUCGUGAACAAUCCCGGCAUACAUUGGAAAGAUACGUUCAGUAUUGUUUUUUUUUUAAUUUCACGUAGGUUGUAUGAUUUCCUAUGACAAUUAUUUAAGUGCUAAGCAAGUGCUCAUUAUCCCCAAGAUUUUUUUUCUUGUGGAAACAAUUCACGUUUAUUUUUUAUUUUUAAUGCUUUAAUGAUAUAGAAUUUGUAAAGUGGCAAAUUUACUGAGUAUUAUAAUAUUGAGUAACGUUUGUACGAAAGCAGAUUUGAACAUGUUGUUUGGUCAACAUUUUACUGAUCCUACUACCUGUAGUUGUUUAAGAGAAUUUCUACACGAUCAUAUUACAAGUGUUUUUGUGACAGCACAAGGUCAAGCUGGUCUGGCCUACCGUAGAAUUUAGCAGAUUUUGCUGCUUGACAGUUACAGAAGACUGUCGCAUAAGGAUUACGACUUUCAGCUUGAAGGCAAAGUUGUGCAUAAUGCCUCCCCAGCUUUCUUUUGCACAGCCACCCAACCAUAGGGCUUCCAGGAAAUACUUCAACUGCGUCGUGCAUGUGCCGUCUUGUAGACCACUUUCAAAUGAACAAAUUACAUUGUUUUGCUGGAUUAGUCCAACUUAUUAGUCCAGCUAAUUUUUUUUAGGUUGUAUUAUGACACGUAUGAGGCUGUAGGGCACGAGUGUGGCAUAGUUUCAUUAUCUGUGACUUGAUGUUAUACACACACUACAUGUAUAUAUACAUCCAGCAUCUGGUGUCUUGUCUAUCCCAUAGUGACGGAAGUGUGCGUGUCAACUGUUGUUGCUGCAAUUUCGUACGGCUCUGGGAGAACUAAGAAUGUUUGUAACGUUGAGGUUUCUAUCACAAUCCAACCAGGGGCUGCCAUUUGCCUAUAACACUGAUUUGCAGCAAGACGUAAUUGGUCAUUUACUUAUUUGGAUUGUUUCUGUGAGGACGUAGGGUACAUGUAUUGAUGUUACUCCCCAGUUUGAAAUAUUAUCAGCCAACACACUAAUAGGCCAAUCCAGUGAGGCCCUCCUACUGAGCAGGCGGGUACUGAACACGUGCUCUUCUCCAGUGGCACGCUCCAUGUACAUAUUCCAGCUGCGCGCAGCAUACACGCGCGCACGCAUGUCGGAUGUAAAUCCCGGCUGUGAUUGAUCGGAACACAACGGGGUGGAGCAUAAUGUAUCGGACUCUUCGAGUUACUGAUCAGUAGAAAUUGACAGCUCAGUUUAUUUUGGCUUCACGUUUAAUGCAGGGCAGGUGUGUACAUGUAUAUGUAUGCCCUAAAAAUUGUUUUUCUGGCCAAACUCAUCAUCGUUGGGGUGUUUUUAUUUUGGCAAGCCACGGUGUCACAGAGUCUUGUGUACUUGUUUUCCUCUUUCUUUCGUGAACUGAAUUUUUCUUUUUGAGGUCCACCAAAUAAUCUUAGCCUAACCCAGCUUCCAAAGCAUUCACAAAUUACACAGCUGAUGUGUAGUAACAUGUAAUUUAUAGCUUCCAUUGCCAACAUUUAUUUCUACACUUGGUUAGUUUCUGUUUUAAUCGUUUACCAUAGAUUUACAUGUAUGUUUAAAUAUUAUGUAGCAUGCAGUUCAACUCAGUUAAAAUUUAAAAUAAGAAUGAAAUGUUCACAAUUUUGUUGUAAUUUGAUCGUAACUGAUUUAACACUGAAUACAUGGCCUGUUGAUGCCAGUUUAGCACAGCUCUUCAGGUCUAUUUUGUCAGCUCUAGCCCAGAUAAGCAUUUUUGUCUCAACUUCAUUUUCAAGCAACUCCAAUUUACAAUUGUCAGAGAAACAAAGAUAUCAUUAGAAUUUUGGACUUUACAUGUCUUUUGAGGCAAGUUCAGAAUUUGUUUAGCUCAUUAAUUCACACCGAGAAUUAGCCAGGAAUCCACUGUGAAAUUUCCAGCCGAUUGUUCAGGCAUGAACUCAACCAAACAUAUUUAGUUUUGUCAUUGUGUAUUGUGUGCGGCCAAGGUAAAUGCUUCCAUCGGCUGGUUGCUUCGUUGUGUAGAUAUAACCAUUGUCUCAAAUGUCUGUACAUGUAUGAAAUGUAUUAUUUAUAGAUAAACCAAAAGUAUUUAUUUUGCUACUUUAUCUCAUUUUGUGCAUAUUAGUCAGAGAAACCCAAAGCGGUCCUUGUUCUUGUACAUAACAUUAUGUUUUCAGUGGCGCACAACUUGGUUUCGGAGUAUGGCCCAGGACCAGUGUACAUUACGUGUGAUCAGCUGUGAUGAUUCAUAUAGUCAUUCUUCUUCAUGUACUUUGCUGAGCAACUCAAAGAUGUUUUUCUGCCAGUUGGCUUCAUUUACAGCGUGACAUCAGAGUUGUAGCCAUAUCCUUCUGAAGUCUUUAGUCAACUCAUUUGUCGAAGUCACAAUUAGACAGAGGAUCAACUCGGACAAAUGAGUCUGUUUUGGUUUAAUACAUACGCUUGAAUUGCCAGUGAUUCUAUUUGUUUGAAUGGGUGGUUGCUGAUAGGCUUCAGAAUUUGACCAAAACACUGGUUCUCCAUUUAAAAAAAAAUCCCCACACAGCCCACAGAGGGCACAAUUAUGUUGCGGAACAAAGUAAACAUUCUCAGCCGUAGUUGCGUAGAAUAUAUGCAGAAUUACAAAUCAUGUUGUGCAGCCCACCAAAACAACUUAGCAGUUGCUCAGCUCCAUUUUAAGCUCCUACGUCUGAAUGGGGAAACUUAGUCCAUGGCAGAUUUUGAAGCUAUGUGGCCAACACUCGGAAUACUCUGUACAUGUAAUGACAUGCUUAAAUGCUGGUUGGGACACUGCGCAUGGCCCCAUCUGGGCAUGUUGAUGUAGACACUGCAAGGAAAACAGCUUGCCUAGGGAAAUGCAGCCUCUUUAUACACAAUGAUAGCUGUGAAUCGACAGUGUUCAAAGUUUGGUAGAAGAGCUUUUGAAAUGCAAGGAUCCCAUAAAAAAAGGGACUUCAAGAGGUCGGGGGAGCGGAGGUGAUGAGAGUGGGGCCAAAAUCAGAUGUAACUACUUCCCAUAAUCAGUUUGGAAAGGAAACAUUUGGAAUUUUACCCUGUGGAUAAUGAAUUUACGCUGAUGAACAAAAUGCUCCAAUCCAUACAAAAUCAGCCUAUUAAUGAAAUGAUUUGAUGUUGGACUGCUGGUUUGUUGAAGUUCAUUUAUUCAAAUGUACUCCCAUGAUUGUUGCAAUGAGUUUUCAAUGACUGCUGCUCGGGAUGUUUGUAUUUUGGACCCACUUUAUUCUCAGUUUGGCUAUGUAUAAUAUCACUUUUCUUGGAUGAUAAGCUAUGUAUUCUUCAAAGAGCGCCUUCAUGUUAUAAAGUGAAACCAUUUUGCCUUUGGCAACCAGUGGACUGUACGCCUUGAAAUAUGGCAUAAAGCCGAGCUUGUAAGAAUAAAUGGGUGGUCCCUUGGCCGUGCAACAGUCCUAGAAAGUUGUCAAGAUGGUUAGUGUAGUGGACCAUGUGUCUAAAGUAAUUACAAGACUGGGUUGCCAUGGUCAUGGGAAAUCUUGAAAAAUCAUAGAAAACAGUUUCCUGGAAAGUCAUGGAAAAGUCAUGGACGUCAAGAUUUGGGGUCAUUUUUGACGGGCCAGUUUUGAUGCAAUAACAGAAUGAUGAAUUUACAGGCUAUCUAUGUUAGUCUAUAGUAAUGGCUAUGGCAGUCUUCCAUUUCAUCGUACCAAACAUCUUUUCUCUGCAAAAUGGCAUUAAAUGUGACGGAAAUUAAAUCUUUCAGUCCUGGUUAAAGCUGUCAAAUUUGGUUGUCCGAUUUCUGUGGGAACCCUUCUUGUUCAGAAAAGAGGUUGCUUUUUUUACUGGUUUACUCGGCAGCUAACGUUUCAUAGCACAGCACAUAGACAUUAAGUACUUGUUAGGCCAAAGUGAUACAUGCAAUAACUCCAUACUGCAACGGUCUAUGUGCAAGUUCAAAUUCCAUGUUUCACACACACACCUGUCAGUUUAAAACAUGUAAAAGGAUAUUAGGUUUAUGUAAAGAGAGUUCUUGGACACUGCAAACUAGUGAAAUACAGUGCGGAACUCCAGCUGGAAAUCACUUUUGAUGUAUUUUGUGUUGUGAAACUUGCAUUUGAACUUGGAGUUAUAAAUUGGGCUGCAUCUACAUGUACCCUAUUUACGGGGGGGGGGCAAACUUGUAAAUAUCGAGAUGUUUUGUAUUAAGUUCAUGGAUAGGUGUAUCAUUAAAGUGAACUGUAACGUUGCGGCCAGUAUUGCUCAGUUCCCCGUCUUGUCAUUACACACACUGAUGACGAUGUUGGUACGUACAGAUAAAGUUGUUUUGUGCUUGAAUUUUAUGCACGUCUUGCCAAUUUUUUUUGUACCUUGUAUUAUGACACAAAUAAAAAUGCAGGCAUGUGGUCAGUGUCAGUAAACAAGUCAGUGGAAACA